UUUUGGAAAAUUGAGACAACCUACAGAGAACACUUCAGAAUCUCAAAAUCUCCCUCGAUAGUACUAUACCUAUACGAUGUUCAAGAAGUUACUUGGGGCGAAAAAAUUGGACAAGGCAGAAGCGGCCACUCCCCUCAUUAUUCCCAAAGAAGAUCAACCCUUAGUGGCCCAGUCUGAGCAGGAUGGUGACGAUGGUGUGGGAGGAGGAGGAGGGGACAUGGGCGGCGAAAUGGUGAAGGCUAACUCGAAGGCAGCCUCCUCUUUGGUCAGACAGUCCGAGAAGCAUCGGUUUGACCUCUACGUACCCAAAGAUCGUGCAGCCUGGUUAGAAUAUCUCGUAACGCUCGUUAAAAAGAGGACAAAAAUCGAGUACCUCAACGACAGGGAAUUGCGAAAAGUGAUAAUGCGAGCAAGACCUAACCUCGCAGGUAAGAAGCCUGUCGUCAAAUUUGACCCCGACUCGCCGAUCUGCUUCCACUGGACCGUUGAACAAACGGCCGACUGGAUUGUGAUUGCUGGAUUCCCAUUUUUGAAGGAGGCAUUUCUCAUGAAUCAGAUUUCUGGACGGAGAUUAGUCCUAAUCGAUUGCAGUGCUCUGAAUCAAAUGGGGAUGACUGAUUUGUUUGAAAUGAAGAAAGUAACUGCAAGAAUUCGCGAGCUGCUUAAAAUCCCUGCUCCCAACAUUCUUCGUGCCAUCAUGCGAAUCCCACCUUUUGAAAAAUUCAUAAAGAGGAAGGUGCACUUAGGAAAGGAGACCGAUGCUCUAACAUUCGAGAAGUUUUGUCAGCAAGAAGGUUUCAACUACUCAAUGCUAAAGGGUAACAAGAAUGCAGUUAUCCCCUGCACAUGCGAAGUCCGAAUCCUCCCCCUGGGUCAGGUCGACGAUGAUGAGGAGGAGGUUGAGGAGAGUGAAGGGGAGGACAUCUCCCUCCUCAACGCACCCACUGUCGAGUUCGUUGUAAGGAACUUGGAAGCUCGGGAUAAAACAGUUUCGUACAUUAUUGAGCUCAUGAUUGAAAACGUGUUCAUGCCGAACUCGGAGAGGACGUAUGGAAAAGUUGCAGAAAGUUUUAAAGCUGGUUUGGAAAAGAGUUUCGAUGAAAUGGGAAACAUGAGUCCGCAAGAACGGUUAGAAUUCGCAACCACAGUGGCAAGGUCACUAAUGGAUGAGUUGCAGCAUACGGCGGACAUCCUGUGCGAUCUUGAGCUACUCCAGAAUUAUAUCCAGGAAGAGAUAUCUCCAGAAAGAUUGGAAUGGUUGCAGUCUUGUGCAGCGGAAUUUAUGGAAAACGUGCUGCCCAUCGCGUCCUUGAUGGCGUUGGGAGAGCUGGACUUGGAAACAAUUUUUGAACAGGAGCCAGAAUUUAGUAAUUUUGUGGAUGGUGUGAUCGUUGAGGCGGAGAAAAGGAUCAAAGUGAUGGAGCUUCCUGGUUUAUCUGUCACCGACAUUUCUUCUGGAACUGGGAUGGUGAAGGUGGUUUUGGAACAAGUAGUGGACAAUGUGGUCGAGGUUGGAGAUGACGACAUAUUGAGACAAACACAAGAAGCAUUGACAAAUGACAUUACAGGAUUUCGGUAAUAUGCACACAUUUCUAUCGUUUGUCUCAUUGAUUUACAUGCAAACUAUCGAAAAUUACGGAAUGAUUCUUGAUAAAUAAAUAAUAUUAAAUAUUGAAA